UCUGCUCCUGGAGCACCCGCUUCAGUUUCCAUGCUCUCUCCAGUGCCUUCCUCUGUGAAGUAGGUAGGUGUUCAGGCCACCAUGGAGAAAAUCUCUGUGGGAGAUUUUCUUGCAGUCUCCCACAGAUUUCAAUCAGGAUUUUGUUAUUUCCCACCAUUCGAGCUUUAAAGGGAAACGGGCCUCAUGGAUGGGGAAAGGAUGGUGGGUCCUUCCAGCCCAAUUUAGUGAUGUCCAGGGCAGAUACUAUCCUCAAUUCCCAAGAGCAAUCAUACUUUUCUGCACAUACAGUACGUCUCAUGUUAGGUAAAUGUAUUUUCACAAUGAGCUCCACUUCUGUGGAAACAAUUGUCUGCACGCAGAGGUCCAGCUCCCAGCCUGCUCCAUCACGUAGGGACUUCCCCAUUCCCCUGAACGCUGCUCUGUCAGAACCUGCCCAGGUAACGGUAAUAACCCUAGAAAGAUGACUUCUGAACCCCAAUUUUGGGCCCAUUAGAAGAUGUGUGGGGGGCAUUUAUUUCAUCCUGAUGCUCUGGUGAGAAUCUUUGCAGAGGCACUAGAUCCAGAAGCCGUUACUCUCUGCAUUUAUUUUCUUACCUAAAAGAAUCAAGCAGCUCAGAGGCAGUGACUGUGCAGGAUGUAGUGUUUGUAUGCUGAGCUUGCUGGUCUGGAACUUGCACUUUAGCAAUCCCAGUGUUGCUCCUGUUUAUGAAGUUGACAAACUGCCAGGGCAAGGGAGUAUUAUCAUUAAAUGCACUCCAGGAGAGGUGGAACACACGAGGGCAGUGUUUCUCAGAGGUCUUUAGACCACCUGCAUCAGAUUCUCCUGGAGCAUAAAGCAAAUGCUUAGAGUCCAGGGCCCCUGCAGACCUUCUGUAUCCUAGUAUACAGCUCCCUCUUAGUGAAUCUCAAGCUUGUUUCCAAGAAGUCAUUACACUCCUUAUGAAAGCCCAUGACACAUUCCUAGAGAUUCAUCCAGAUGUAACCCACUGCAUGGUCCAGUGCAUGCCUGUGUGCUUAACUUAUUAUAGAUCAAGUGUUAUUUAAGUCCAACAUAUCAAACGUGCCUGAAAUACUAUAUGCACUAAAUUGGAAGACAAAUGGCCAUACUGGAUACUCUCCCAUUUGCACUUACAGGCCACGCCAUGCUCCAUCCUCCCCAUCCUGCCUGGGAACCUGACCAGUGUGGCUAAACCAGCAGGCUCCUUGGCUGCCAGUUUCUGGCUGGUUGAACCAAUGGGAAACAUGAGAGGAGAGCCAAGGGUGGGGAGAGAGUCAGAUCAGGGUUUCUGUCCUCAGGGCUCCCUCCCUGGGAGGUGGUGGCAGGAGUGGCUGCAUUCCCCUCUGAAGGCUCCUUCAAGCCCCUCACCAAACAGUUCCCAUCUCCGAGUCCAGCCACCUGCUCCAUCCUCUCCUCUGUAGGCCCAGUGGUGGGAACGGCUCACCACUUUUGCCAGCCUCAGCAUACUGAAGCACCCCUUACUGCAUUCCCUAAAUUCUAUGCACAUGUUUAUUAAAUACUCUUCAAUUACCCAGUUUCAAUGAGCCACCAGUGUCUUGCUGUUACCUUGACUAAUACAAUAGUGUUGUGUGGUUAAUGACACAGACCUUGGAGGAAAACAAUAUCUGGGUUUGAAUCCCUGCUCUGCAUCCUUGCAGGGUGUCUGAUCCUGGGUGAUUCAGUUAACCUUCUGGGCCUCAAUAUUCCUCCUUGCCUUAAUGGGCAUGAUGGUGCCUAACCAUGCCAGUGAUGAUUCUGGAUGCUAGCAACAGAAUCCAACUCUGGCUAUCUAAAACAGCAAGGGAAUUCUAGGGGGAUAUCAGUAACUCAGAGUUGACGAGAGGCUGGGGGAUCAGGUUUGGAAAAUGGGCAGAAGCCAAGAGAGAAUGGACAGCAGAGGCCACAUGAGGCAGUCUGGCCAUGUUGCCAUCAAUGCCACUGCCCUGGACACUGGAGGCCACCAUGCUAUUCCUAGACUCUGAAUCCUUAAAUUGCCUCCGAGUAAGUCAUCUCCAACUGGCUCUGCAUUUGUGUCUCAUUUGCAGAUCUGGGGUCCUGGGCAGAAUCAUGCAUGUGGCCAGGCUUGGGUCAAGUCACGUGCCUGCAGCAUAGCUGCCGGGAGAAGGGUGGGAAGAAUAGCUGCCUCCAUCCUCAAUAGAAGGGGAAGCAGGGCUCUGCGUCUGUGUGAAACUCACACACUGGAGCCUGUCCCCCCAAAAGGAAAAGGUGUUUGGUGCUGGAGAGUCACAAGAUGAUACGCCUCCAUUAUACCAGCUCCCAAUGUUGACAGGAUCCAAGGAGAUGCCUGGGUAAAUCACCUGGCACACAGCAGGACUUCAAUCCAUGGUGGUUACUGCUAUUACUGUUAUAACUGUGGUCUCCAUGCCUGUGCCUGGACAGGGUAGCUCAGGGAAGCCCAUACCUGGUACUCAGGCAAAGCCCCUGAGCCCCCGAGACAUGCUACAGGACCCAUCUUACCUAUACGCAGCUCUUGCAGACAUGGCCAGCUUGGACUCCUUGCCUCAGAACCACCUAAGCUGUUGUUAAAAUACAGAUUCCUGGGCCCUUUCACAGAUCUGCCAAGUCAGAAUGUCUGGAGGUGGAGCCUGGGUGUGUACGUGUGCACUUCCUGAGUGAAGCCACGUGCCUGUGCUUGGGAACCAUGGUGCAGGCUGAUAUUAAAGAGGGCAGGUUCAGCAGAAAGGCUUGAAUCCAGCCUUGUGGGGUGAAGAGUAUUUGUUUGCACAGUACCAUUUCACAGGGAGACUGGGGUGCAGGCUUAUGGGUUAUAGGGGUCAGUGGUCAGUGAUGAGGAGGUUGGUGGCCUGAGGGGGUGACUGACGCAGUGGGGACCUCGGGUGGGUGGGUCUAGACUCACCAUGGUGCAGAAAGGGAAGCAACUGAGGGUUCCCAUCAGCACUGUGACAUCAUGAUGGCAGGAAGGAAGCUGUCACAAGGGUGGCUAGCCUGCCUCUCUUCUGCAUUUUCCUGAGCUGUUCCCCCAGUCACAUUUCCUCCAAGGUUUCUCAAUUGUAAAGUAACUGCCCAUCCUCGUGGGGAGAUAGUGACCAUGUAUGUGGGGCAACAUCCUGCAGCAACUAGAAGAGGCCCUGGGCCAGCCAGCAGACAACACAUCUAGGUGGCAGAUAGAGUGGAGGGGGCAGGGCUCGGGGGGUGGCCCUGGCUGCUGCUGCUGCUGCUCCUGCUGCUGCUGGUGCAGGUUCCUGGGUAAAGGGCGCCGUGCCUGAAGAAAUUCACAAACACUCAAGACAGACCCUUUUCCUGCAAUGCCAGUACUCACCCAAGAGAGGGUCCUAUUGGCCCAAAUCCUGGUGUCAGGAGACAUCUCCAAAUCUGUGUUCCUUACUGGUCACUAGCUCCAAGCCACGGACAGCAGUCCAGAAGUCUCGUUACACAAUCUUGGACAAGCCCAAUGCUAGCUUCUUCAAAAUCACCAUGAUUCAGCUGAAGGAGGACUCGGGAUCCUACUGGUGUGAAAUCUACAACACUUCCAAAAACUUCAUCACUUUUCUUAGAGAUGUCAGCCUGGAGGUGUUUCCAAGCGAGCUCUUUUCUUGAGGAAAUAACUCUGUGCCCCCCCUCCACCCCAGGGACCUGAAGGAAAUGUCAUGCACCCACUCCCAUGCCUCCAUCAUCCCCAUCCUGCCAGGUCUUCUGCUCUGGUCCAAGGGGAGCAAAGGUCCUGUCCCCAGUCAUGGACUCUCAACUCUCCUUCACUCGGCACAUCCUGGCCUCAACUGUUGGGAAGAUACCCCCAGAGAUCCCCGGACAGAGACACAGUCUCUCUGUCAUUCUGCGUCUUUCUUUGUCUUACACAGGCACCACCACAAUUCUUCUUUUCAAACACACACACCAACAGCUCUGUCACGCAGAUCUUAGGCAUAGGACAAUCCUGGCCUAAGACAUCCUGAGGGUCUGGCUCUGGGUCCCUACCUCCUCUCAUGUAUGGGGUAGACCCUGCUGUCUUCUGGGCUCCUAGAGAGUCACUGUUUGCUGUCUUUUUUCUUUAGCCCCAAUGUCUCCUAUAUGGACCCUCCUCUGGCUCCCAAAAAGCACAAGUAGGUUGGAGGCCUCGGUGCGGGGAGAUUAGAGGGGUCACCAGGCAGCUUGGGAGCCUCAGAUUCAGGGAAGGGGAAACCAGGGAGGACUGCCUCUGAGGAUUGAUCUCUUGGGGCCUGGGCCAGUGGGAAGCUACCUUCAGGGCCCACUGACUCACAGGGAGAGAAACAUGCACUAUCUGAUGUGAUCAGAAGAUCGCCAUGUUCUCACGAUGAUGGGCGGGUGUCCCCAGAGGGGAGUCCACAUGGAACACUUCGCACAUGUGUCCUCCUGCCCCUGGCCUCCCGCCAACAUGGAGAGGACAGUGCCAGACUUAACUUUAGCUGGGUAUGGAGAUCUCACGCCUCAGUUCAGGUUUUAACACUGGGAGGGAGGUCUUGGGAAGGGAGGACCUGAUUAGUUUCUGAACCCUGAAAUCAGGUCCAGGGCACCCAAGGAUCCUUCUCUGGUAGGUUGGGGCAUAGAUUACAGCUGUGGAGCCCCCAGGCCAUGAUUCCAAGUUUGGUAGAGAGGAAAGGGGAAGAGGAUGCAGGUUGUUAAUUGUGGAGGAACCAUGGAAAAGACAGUUCAACAUGGAUUUCUGCAAUGAGACAAAAUGGAACCAGAAAGUGUGGAAACUGGAGGCCGUGUUGGUGUGUUGAAGGGAAAUCAAGUGCCCCAUCUGCCUUGGCUCAGCUGACCCCAAACUCCUGGUCUCUGUGCUGUGUGGACUCCUCCUGGCCAAGGCCCCCAUGCUGUGAGUCCUGUUUGUGUUCCUGACCUGCAGGUGCCACAGAAUAACAAUAGAAUAUGUGGGAAUUAAAAACAACAAUAACCAAAAUUAAAAGCUGACUACGUGGACUCCAUAGGAGAGUGGAGAUGACAGAGGAUGUUAUUAGUUAACUGGAAGGCAGACUGAGAAAAUUUACUCAGUCUGAUCAGAGAGAAAACAGACUGAAAAUAAAUGAACAGAAUGUCAGCUAUCUGCAGGACAUUAACAUAGGAGCUAAUCUUUGCAUCCCCAGAGUCCCAGAAGGAAAGGAGAAAAAAUGUGAGCCUGAAAAUGUAUUCAAAGAAACGUCUAAUCAAAUCUGCCCAAAGACCUAAAGCUACAAAUCCAAGAAUCUGAUUUUAUCCCAAAUAUGAUAAGCCCAAAGAAAUACACACCAAGACACAGCAUAGAUAGCUUUCUGAGAAGUAAAGACAAAGAAAAUAUCUUUAAAAUGGCCAGAGAGAAAUAAUUAUCUAUAAAGGAACACCAAUUCUAAUUGUAGUGAAUUUCUCAUCUGAAACAAUGGAAGCCAGAAAAAGGUGGCACAAUGUUGUUCAAAUGCUAUAAAAGACACACAACACAAUUGAAUAAAUAUUUCUCCAAGGGUAUACAAAUGAGCAAAUUGUACAUGCUCAAGAUGAAGAUGCUCAAUAUCAUUAAUCAUUAGGUAACUACAAUUCAAAAUGUAAGUACAUUCACUGGAUGGCUAUAAACAGAAAGCCAAUACAAGUAUUGGAGAGGUUGUAGAGAAAUGAGAGCACUCAUACAUUGCUGGAGAGGGUGAAAAAUUUGCAGCCACUUUGGAAAACUAUUUGAGAGUUCCUGAAAAUCUUAAACGUAGAGUUGCCAUAUGAUCCAGUAGUUCUACUAUUGGUUAUGUACUCAAGAGAAAUGAAAACAUAUGUCCACACAAAAACUUGUACAUGAAUAGUAAUAGUAACACUGCUUAUAAUAGUUAAAUAGUGGAAACAAAUAAAAUAUCUGUCAACAGAUAAAUGGUAAACAUAUAUAUUCAUUCAAUGGAAUAUUAUUCAGCCUUUAAAAGGAAUGAUGUAUUAAUACAACAUAUAGCACAAGUACAGCUACAACAUGGACAAGCCUGGAAAACAUUCUGCUAAAUGAAAGAAUCCAGUCACAAGGAAUACAUAUUGUUCAAUUAUAUUUUUAUGACAUGUCCAGAAUUGAUCAAGAAAUUUUUGAUUAAAGAUAUUUUUGUCUAUAAAGACAAAAAUAUUAGUGCCUGGGAUUGUAUAUAUAAUAAAUAUAUUGUCCGAGACUGUAGGAAUGGGGACUGUGGUAAGCUGAUAAAUGUCCUCUUAAAAGAUAUCUGUGUCCUAAUCCCUGGAACCUGUGAUUGUUACCUUAUAUGGCAAAAAAAAAAAAAAAAAAGAUCUUUGUUGAUGUGAGUAAGUUAAACAUCUUGAGAUGGGGAGAUUAUCCUGGAUUAUGUAGAUGGGAACUACAUGCAAUCACAUGUAUCCUUAUGUAAGACAGCCAGAGGGGGAUUUGAACACAAAGAGGAGAAAGUGAUGUGAAGAUGGAGCAGAGGGAGACUGAAGAUGCUGGCCUUGAAGAUUGGAGUAAAACAGCCCCAAACCAAAGAAUGCUGGCGGCUACCUGAAGAUGGAAAGGCAAGGAACAAAUUCUUCCCCAGAGUCUCUGGAGAGACUGUAGCCCUGUUGACAUCUUCAUCUCAGUACAUUGUGAUACUGACUUCAGACUUCUGCCUUCAGAAUGGCGAGAUAAUAAGUUAAUACUGUUUUAAGCCACCCACUCUGCAGUAAUAGGAAACGGAUCCAGGGAGUGCCUGCUAAUGGGCAUGGGGUUUCUUUGGGAGGAGGGGACAUGAAAAUGCUGUAAAAUUGGUGAUAGUUGUACAACUCAGUGAAUAUAUUGAAAAGCACUGAAUUGUAUGCUUUAGGUGGGUCAGUUUUAUAUUAUGUGAAUUAUAGCUCACAAACUGUUGAAAAAAGUCACUGUGACCUUGGGUUAAGCAAAGAUUUAUUAGAUAUGACAUAAAAAUAUGAUCCAUAAAAAUUAUAUAUUGGACUUCACCAAAAUAAGUAAACAUAAAGUGUUUCAUACUGUACUAUUUCCAUUCUGGAAAGAGAGAAACGAUAGGAAAAAACUCCACCAGAUCAAUGUUUGUCUGGGACUGAAGGGAUGACUAACAAGGAGCAGGGGAAAACUUUUGGGAAUGAUGGCACUCUUCUCUGUCUCCAUUAUGGCAUUGGAUACAAGUCUCUAGAACUCCCAGAACUGUUCAUUGAAAAGGAUGAAAAGUACUGUAUGUAAAUUAGGCCUUAAUUUUUUAAUGGGAAAAAUAAAUAUAAAGACAAAAUACACUGCUGUGUUAAAUCAAAUGAUAGAUGUAAAAGUCUAAUGUAUACAUACUUUUAAUGAUUUUGACCAAUGCUUCCAAAUUUCUCUUAAGAAAGGUUGAAUCCAGUACAUACUUCCUCAGUCAGUGAAUGAGUGUUUGAACCCUUCUACCCUCAUCAGCACAGUGAUCCCGAGGGUCACACUUUUGAUGAUGCCUGGCUCAGUGCUGGGCACACUGUAUCAGUUUCAUAGAAGCAUGGAUUCCAAGCCCAUGAAGUCCCCACAAGAGAUAAAUCCUCCACUCCUGAAGCAGCUUACUGUUCUAAUGGGGGAAGGGAUGAAGGAACAUAUUGCGUGUGUUGGGGAGGGGAGGUGGCCUCUGAACUCAGGGAGCUCAGGAAGUUCUGAGACUGGGUGGGAAACAUUGAAAAAGGAAGAGUGAAGAAGGAAAACAAAACACACCUGUGAGCUGAGAGGUCUCAGGUGACAACUGUGUCUCAUUCCUGUGCCCCCAGUGCCUACCUAGCCCCACGCAUAGCAAUGAGGUUGUGGGAAUGAACAAAUGAAUGAAUGAAUGAGUGAGUUAAUGAGUUGAGAGACUGUAAAAGCUUAGGGUCAGUCAAGAUAGGCUUCUUUGCUUGGAGCUUGGGGGUCCAACGUCAGUUUAAGAUUGUGGCCGUGAAAGCUUGAGGACUUUUUGCUCUGAGUCCUGUUAAAAUGAAUGAAAAUGGAGACCAGGCCUGAAGAGUCCCUGCGCAAAAAAAAAAAAAAAAAAAAAAAAAACAGGUCUCAUAAGUGACCUCAACUUUGCUUGAUUUGCAAACAUCAGUGAAACUUAACUUGAGCUAUUUCUUGUAAAUGUGUACAUUAAGGAAGAAAAGAACUUAAGCUCAACCAGUCAGAAGAAGUCAACAAGCUUAUGUAGAUAACUAGGGUCUUUCCAACAGGAUAGGCCAAAUAAGGGAACUGUAUAACUGUAACCAAUUAAAUAUUUUCUUCACUUUACUUGUCCUGUAGGAGUCUUCCCCUUGCAUUCCCCCAGUGGAGCUCGUCAACCUCUUCUGUUUGGAGCUGCCUGAUUCAUGAAUUGUUGUUUGCUCAAAUAAUCUGUUUACAAUUUUAUUGUGCCUCAGUUUACCUUUUGACAGUCCCAUCUAAGGAGUAGAAACAUGGCACUGGUGAGUAGGGGGAGCAUACAUAACCACGGGGGUCCAGCUGGGUCCCCACACACUGAAGGAGCAGAUGACACAGGUACUGGACAUCAGAAAUCGAUGCUUCUGAUUCUAGGCCUUGGGGUAAGUGAAGGGUGUGGUCUUGGACCAAGUGCUGGGUCAUUUCCACUGGAGCUGGUGGCUGUAUAGGCGAGAUAGUGUUGAGCAGAAGGAAGUGGAGGGCGCUUGCCUGCAUGCUGACAGAGGCUGGAGGCAGGGGAGGAAGGGGCUCUUGAGAUGAGGUGGGUGAGGGGAAGUACUGCGGUGGCUAUAGGAAGCCUACACGAGGGACUAGGAGUCUAGAGGGAGCUGAUGGUGAGUAGAGACGACAGGAGGAGAGGCAGAGAGAGGGAUAGAGACAGGAGACACAUGGAUAGGGAAAAGGAGAGGCCGCUGGGGUGUGUGUGAAACUGCAUGGGCACGUGUGUGUGUGUGUGUGUGUGUGUGUGAGAAAGUGAAUAAAAGACAAAGACUGUGUGUGAGUGUAUGCGCAUGCACACCCAUGUGUGAGAGUACAGGAACCCCUCCCUCAACCCAAACUUUAUGCCCUGAGUCUUACAAUUUGCAUUUUUGCCCUUGACAAAAGUAAGAUUUCAAGUGAGCCUGUAAGAGGUUAUUUGCAACAGUGAACACAAGUGACUGUUCUGAGCAGCCAGGAGCCUGGGAGAGAGAGAGAGGAAGGAACAGAAAGAAUCUGCAAUGAAUGAAUGAAUGAGAGUUUAUAAGAACUUCCCUGUGAAUGUGUAUAUGUAAGAAACUAGGGUCAGAGAUGCUCCAUCUCAGCCUGAGAGCCUGCGCCCCUGGGUCUCUGAGCCCAGAAGAUUCCAGGAAAGUCUAUACCUGAGGUUCUAGAAGCCUCACCCCAGUCCCCUAGCUGGAUCCUAGGGAUCAGUUUCCAGGGGAGACUGUGGAGGGUGGAGAGCCCUCUGACUGUGAGUCCUCCCUGGCCUGGGGCCCCAGACUGGGUGGAGCAGCCACACCUGCCUGAAGUUCUGAGGAAAAGGGCGGAAACAGCUGCCAGCACCGCCCUCAUGAUGGGCUCAAUGAAUCCCUGCGGUUGGCUGGAGGCAGUGGGUCCCACACUGCCUCACUUCCCUAAAUGGGCAGCUUCACUUUUAGAACCCCAGGUCCUUCCCUGGCAGGCCCAGGUGGCACAUCCUGUGUCAGGUGGGCCCUCACCUUGGAUCUCCAGGCCUGACACUGACCAGCUGAAUGGAACCAUGGCCCCAGCCUUCCUGCUGCUGCUGCUGCUGUGGCCACAGGGUUGCGUCUCAGGCCCCUCUGCUGACAGCGUAUACACAAAAGUGAGGCUCCUCGAAGGGGAGACUCUGUCUGUGCAGUGUUCCUAUAAGGGCUACAAAAGCCGCGUGGAUGGCAAGGUUUGGUGCAAAGUCAGGAAGAAGAAGUGUGAGCUUGGCUUUGCCCGAGUCUGGGUGAAAGGGCCCCGCUACUUGCUGCAGGACGAUGCCCAGGCCAAGGUGGUCAACAUCACCAUGGAGGCCCUCAGGCUCCAGGACUCAGGCCGAUACUGGUGCAUGCGCAACACCUCUGGGACCCUGUACCCCUUGAUGGGCAUCCAGCUGGAUGUGUCUCCAGCUCCCAAAACUGAGAGGAACACUCCUUUCACAUAUCUGGCCAACAGCCUCAAGAGUGGAACUGUCACAACUGGCCAAGCUCCUACCUCAGGCCCUGAUGCCCCUUUUACCACUGGCGUGACGAUGUUCACCCCGGGACUCCUCACGUUGCCUAGACUCUUGGCCUCCACCAGACCUGCCUCCAAGAGAGGCUACAGCUUCACUGCCACCAGCACCACCAGCCAGGGACCCAGGAGGACCACGGGGUCCCAGACAGUGACUGCGUCUCCCGGCAAUGCCAGGGACUCCUCUGCUGGCCCAGAAUCCAUCUCCACUAAGUCUGGGCACCUCAGCACCAGAUCGCCCACCACAGGGCUCUGCCUCACCAGCAGAUCUCUGCUCAACAGACUACCCUCCAUACCCUCCAUCAGGCACCAGGAAGUUUACUCCACUGUGCUUGUGGUGGUGCCGACCCUCCUGGUGCUGAUACUGAUCAUGGUCUAUGGGUUUUGGAAGAAGAGAUACAUGGCAAGCUACAGCAUGUGCAGCGAUCCUUCUAGAGGUGACCUACCUAGAAGACCAGAGCCCCGUGUGGAAGUCUGCUUGAUCUGAGGCCACUUAAGCAUGGGGUGGGGAGCUUCUCCCAGAGUGGCCCCAGGGGGCUAGAGGAGGGGUACAGAUUGGGGCCAGUCUAGAUCGGAUGAAGCUGGAGGACUUGUGCAGUGCUGGACUCACCCAGGACUUCCCAAAACCAGAGGCUGCCAUCCUGAGCAGCCCCACAGCCCAGCGUUCUCCUGGGCGGCAGGAACCUGGGGAGGGGCCCAGAGCAAAGGGCAUCAGUCAGAAAGUCCCAAGGAAAUGUGCCCAGUGGUUUCUGCUCAGAGCUGCAGACUCCAGGGCUCUUGGUGGAGGCAGGGGAACACUGAGAGUGCUGUUUACAGAGAACCUCAGCUCCCAUCUGCCUCAGAAACCCUAUCAGGCUGAGCUGCCCUCCCUACCAGGGCCACUGUGUCCUCUGCUUCCCUCUGCUCUGCUUUAGCCUCCCCUAAGGUUAGGGAAGAAAGAGUCGGGCUCACGAUUCCCAGAGGUGGUGAUGUCUCAUCCUGGAGGAGAGGAAACAGUGACUAAAAGCUGGGGACCCACAGAGGAGUUGGCAGCUUCCCUUGUCGGGCCAGGUGUUCUUUGCUGGGCCUCUGGAUGGCCCUGCCCUGACUGGGGCUGCUCCUCCCUCCUGUCCUGGGACCCUGCAGAGCCCAUGCUCUCACUGCUGCCACCUGCUGGCCGCUGCCUCCUUAGAAAGCUGUGACCAGGCAGCUAAGAGCUUCUGGGCUGCAGGGUCAGCCUCUCCCAAGACUGAAGUGCAGAGGCUGGACUUGGGGCUCUCUCCCCCAGCUUCUACACCUGGGUUCCAAGUCUGAGUUCCCACAGGGGACCCAGCAGCCUCCAGCAAGUCCAUACCCUGGGGUGCCUGAGACUUUGGCUCUGUAUGGAGGGUGCUCACCCCACAGACACUGGUGGGGAGACCAUGGCUCAGAGGAAGGGUGGAGCACCCCCACUCCCCCACUCUUACUCCUCAGGGUAGAGAGAGAAGACACACACUUGGGACACAGUGAAGACAGCAACUUGGAACUGACCACAGCCUGGAGGACCGGCCCAGGCAGGAGGACAGGGAAAAUGGAGCCCAAGUAGCCUCUGGCCAGGGACCCAAUGGCCCGAGGACUCUGCCUCCCACCCACUGACUCAGGGCUCGGACUCAGCCUCUAUUGUCCAGACCACUGGCUUGGGGUCCAGCAGUGAAGGCUGGAGAAUGCAGCCUGGAUUCCCCUACACACACACACACACACACACACACAAACACACACACACACACACACACAGGUGUCUACUGACCUGGAGUGACUGGAAUAGCACCUGGGGAUAAAUGUGACAACUGUGCAUUCAAUCCUGGGUCAGGGACGUUCUAAUGGCCAGGAGAGUGACACAACCAGGACCUUGAUGGACAGCCAGAGGGGCCACUUCAGGAUGGAUGUGGGGAGAGUGGAAGAGGCAGGGAGUAAUCCUGGGAGACAGCAGGGAGGAGGCACUUCUUCCCUAUGUCCAGGAGAGGGCAAUAGAGGGAAGACUGAGGCUGAAGAACUGAUGGCUCUGGUCCCAGGACAGACAGACAGACAGAUAGACACACACACACACACACACACACACACACAAACACACACCCAUCUCUGUAGCAAGCAACCAUCUAUGAUAGCUGUUCUCCCUAUCAUGAUGGUGUAGCCACCAUCCUGUUGUGUAAUAGGAGGGAGCUUAACCUACCUGGGGGAAAACAGCUCCCCAAGAGCUCCCACCAGCACCACUGAUGAACCUGCUUCCUCUGAGAGUGAGAUGCCCAAGGGGAGGAUCCCUAGGGAAUAAGUCAGGGACAGGGACCAGGAUGCCACUCUGUCACUGUGUGACCCUCAGCAAGUCACUAACCCUUGGCCUAAUUUUUCCUCUCUUUUGAAAGAGGACAAUAAUUCCUACUUCUCAAGAUUGUUUUCAAGAUAAAAUAGUAUUAGCAUUGUACAAUGAUGCAAAUGCCUCAUUACUAUUGUUUCUUAAGUUGUUUUCUAGCUCUAACGUUGUUUCCCACAUUGCUUUUAAGACCUUAGGAUUCUAUUAUUCUAUUUCUUAGUUUUGUCCUAUCUGUUCCCAAUUGUCAUCACUAUAUGGAUGUUGGGGUCCCUCUGAUGACAGUCCCUUUGGAAAGGUCCUCUUUUGAGGAGGGGAGGGUACAGAGUGGACUCAUCUCAGUGUGAACUUGGCAAGUCACUAUCCCUCUCUGAUCCUGUUUCCUCAUCUGGAAAAGGAGUGAGAGAGGAGAAAGGAAGAAACCAGUCAGGCAGGCAGUUAGGGUGGGUUCUUGGUUGAAUUCUUUUAAACAAAAGAACGGCCUGAAAAAUCAAGCUGCAGGCACAGAUACAGGAAUUUGCACAGGGGGGCUUGGCUAAGACAUGUUCACAGCCUCACAGAUAAGACAGACUACACAGGUGACUUGCCCAAACAUGCCCACAAUGAAAAAUUUCGUCCCCUGACAUGUGCAAUAAGGGGAACAAAGCAAUAUGGAGUAACUCAAGCUAAGGGCCCACAUGCACAUUAGAAGGACACGGUGAAGCUACCAUUUGCCUUAUGCAAAUGAUUACCCAGUCCUCAUCAGUUUCUUAUAAAAACCUUUGCAUUCAACUGUAAAAAUGGCAACCCUCUUUCAGGCCCCUUCUCUACAGCAGAGAGCUUUCUCUUCUCACUCAUUAAACUCCAACCUCAUCCUUGGUGUCCAUGCUUCUUAAUUUUCAUGGUUGUGAGACAAAGAACUCCAGUGAUACCUCAAACAACAAGAGACUGCUACAUUGUGGUGCAUUGGUGAGACUGUAAUAGGAGGGUGGAGAUGAGCUCUGAAGCCUCUUCUCACUUCCUCGGGUAUGUGUGUCAGAGGUGUUUAAACUGGAGUGACUCCAUCUUGUAUAGAGGCUGGGUAAAAUAAGGCUGAGACCUACUGGGCUGCAUUCCCAGAUGUUAGGCAUUCUAAAUCACAGGGUGAGAUAGAUUGGCACAUUAUAUGUAAAUUAUAAUGCAUUAGCAUGCUAAGGGACACUCCCACCAGCGCCAUGACAGCUUACAAAUGAUAUGGCAACAUCAGGAAGCUACCUUAUAUGGUCUGAAAAGAGGAGGAACCCUUAGCUCCAGGAAUUACCCACUCUUUUCCUGGAAAACUCAUGAAUAAUCCACUCCUUGUUUAGCAUAUAAUCAAGAAGUAACAAUAAAUAUAAGCAGCUAAGCUGCCCAUGUUCCUGCUCUA